AUGGAUCACAUACCGUCGCUGCCCAGAUCUUACAAGGGGAAUACAGAGUUGUUGAUCUGGGUCGAUCUGUUCACGGGAUACGUGAUCGCGUCGGCCCAGACGGUUGCGGAAUCGUACGAAGAGUGUGUAUUUCGGCGAGUCGCCAGUGAGAUGAUCCGGCAUGAUCGAGAACCCGGCUUCAUGUCCGAUUUCUCCCGGGCGUUUAACAAGAUCCUGGGACAACGGCAGCGAGCGACGAUGGCAUAUCGGCCACAAGCCAACGGGACCGCAGAAAGAAUGGUGCAGACUGCGACCAGGGCGCUCAAGAUGUGCUUUCGCGAUCUGGAUCAGAAGGAUUGGGGUGAGUAUGCAGCGCGACUUACCUUCGCGAUCAACACGGCCUAUGAUCGGAUCCGGGGGGAUACCCCUCAUUUUCGGGUGCAUGGGUGGGAUCCGAGAUCAACGCUGGAGGCUAUACUGCACCAGACGGCGCGAUCGAGACUCGCGGCGGUGGCGUUAUCGGGUCAAACGGCAUUAACAGCGAUCGCGGAAGAAAGUCAACGCCAGAUUGAGAAAGGCCAUUGCGGACCGGGCCAGCCCACACCAGAUCGAGGCCGGAUCUCGAGUUUGGUUAUCUCUAGAGCGAGUGAGAGAAGGAUACGCCCGAAAAUUAGCUCACCUGUGGCAUGGGCCGUUCCGUGUCGCCGAAAAGAUCAACUAAUUCACCCUCAAGCUCGAGGUGGCGGGUACUACCAGAUCUUCCCGGUCGUUCAUGUAUCGAAGCUGAAAUUGGUCAAGGACUUUCCGGAUCGGUCGCGAGUUGAGCUCACGGUGAGCGAAUCGGAUCCCCUCGACUUCGAUGAGAUCCUGCUUCCGGAGGAUAGCUGGGUCCCAGAUCUCGGAGCCGAAGAGUACGAAGUCGAACGGAUGUCGGAUGUGCGGAGUCGGAAGAAAACGCGAUUCUGUCGGGUCUACCGAGAACGUCUGGUGCCUUGGGUAGGAUAUAACGAGCCGACCUGGGUCGACGAGACCGAUCUCAACUGCGGAGCAAUACUGAACGCCUUCCUACGAGAACGAGCGAAUCGUAACCGUUCCAACGUGAUGCAAUCGCAUGAGAAGAUUUAA